UAGAAAAAAAAGAAAGAAAAAAAAGAAAAGAAAAAAAAUAGGUUCGUAUGGGGGGACGUCGCAGGUCCGAAGAUCACGAACCGGCGCAUAUGGAGAGGCCGUGAAGCGGAUGAGGGGUCAGAGUACUUCCUACACGCGGUGCCUAUGGGGUACACCCAUACGUGUACGCGAUUACGUGGGCAACGACGACGUGUGGGACAUCAUAGAACGUGGCCACGAGGCAACGCACCACCUGUUGAAUCUCUCGAGAGGGUCACAGAGGGAAUACGCGCUUGACUGCGAGACAGUUACUAUAUCGUUUCGCCGGGGAACGAGGAGUGAUUCAUCGUUCGGGAGGGAACGUUGGCCAGGAAAUGUGGAGUGUUUGCGGAGGAUUAUGCCGACCUACGCCGAACCUACUAUUUUAAUUUGCUGCGUGGACAAUGGUGUUAAUGCCACAACGAAGUGCGCAGCAGAGAAAGGGUACGUAGAGGAGUAUGUAGAUUCAGGACAAUGCGGUCCUAUUAACGAGAUCAAACGAUACAAGGAGACGACCGCCGUGGUCCGGUACUGCGCUCCCGCCAACCAGGGAUGCACGUUCUUACACUGUUCUUUCUUCGCGCUACUUUCUCGAAUAAUAGCCCGAGAACUACCUGAAAAUCCCCUCGAAUCAAUUAUCUGUAACGAAAAAACGCAAAAAAGGAAAAUCUCGAAAUUCAAAGAUCAUCCUUCUUCUCAUCCACAAUGCUAAGAACAAAGCAUUGUAUAAUUCAAUUU